AUGCUGUCAGGCCGGUGGUGGCCAAGUACCUGGGGAAAUCUAAGACUGGGACCCCAAAGUCCAUCUAGGGGAUCCCAGAUCUGUGCCCUCUAUGCCUUCACUUAUACUGGGGCAGAUGGCCGGCAGGUGUCUCUGGCUGAAGGUGAUAGGUUCCUAUUGCUUCAAAAGACCAACUCGGACUGGUGGUUGGUAAGGCACCUGGGAGCUCCCACCAGCUCUCGGCCCAUAUUUGUUCCAGCUGCAUACAUGAUAGAGGAAUCCUUCUCAGGCCACAGCCCAGCUGUCAUUACCCACAGCCAAUCCCUCAGGACUCCUGAGUCAAAGUUGCUUCAUGGCUCCCUGGAGGAACUACACCUAUCUAAGACCCCCCAGGUUACUUCUGAACAGCCUCCUUCCCUUUUCUGUAAAAUGUACAGAAGCUUCAGUGCGGCCAGUUUGAGACCUAGCCUCCUGAAACCCCUCAAAGAAGGGCCAGGAGAAAGAUCCCUCUCCCAGAAAGACUUGGUGCCAGUGGCCAGAGCCAACAUGAACCCUGGCUCCAUGGAGCAGACAGAGACCCUGAAUAGGGACAAUGGUAUCCUGCAACCUCAGGAAUGGCCUGAUCCACAGGAUUUACCAAGCCUCUGCCAAAGCAGCUCCUGCCUUGACCUCUCAGAACAGUCUGUAACCUUGCAGCCCCCACCAGCUCAGCCACAGCUCCGGGAGGACCCCCAUGAGGAAAAGUCAGGCCUACUCAACAUGACCAAGAUUGCCCAAGGAGGGCGCAAACUCAGGAAGAACUGGGGCCCAGCUUGGGUGGUGUUAACUGGUAACAGCCUGGUGUUCUACCGUGAGCGGCCGCUGUCGAGUGCGCCCUCCCAAGGCUGGGCUCCAGCUGGUAGCAGACCCGAAAGUAGCGUGGAUCUGCGCGGGGCGGCCCUGGCUAACGGCCGCCACCUGUCGAGCCGGCGAAACGUCCUGCACAUCCGGACGGUCCCUGGCCAUGAGUUCUUGUUGCAAUGGGACACGGAGACGGAGCUGCGAGCCUGGCACCGCGCGCUGCGGGAGGUCCUCGAACGGCUGGACCGGGAGAACCCCCUGGAGCUGCGCCUGUCGGGCUCGGGACCCGCAGAGCUGGCAGAGCUGAGCGCUGGAGAGGAUGAAGAAUUGGAGUCCGAGCCGGUGACCAAGUCCCUGAUGCGGCUUAGCAGCCGAAGAACUUCCAGUCGAUGUGCCGAUGGCACAGAGCAGAAGAACCGUGUUCGGAACAAACUAAAGCGGCUUAUCGCCAAAAGACCAACCUUGCAAAGCCUCCAAGAGCGGGGCCUGUUCCGAGAUCAGGUGUUUGGCUGCCAGUUGGAAUCACUGUGCCAGCGGGAAGGGGAUACAGUGCCCAGCUUUGUCCGGCUUUGCGUUGAGGCAGUGGAUAAAAAAGGUCUAGAUGUAGAUGGCAUUUACCGCGUGAGUGGAAACCUGGCAGUGGUCCAGAAACUCCGCUUUCUCGUGGACAGAGAGAGGGCAGUAACCUCUGAUGGGAGAUACAUGUUCCCAGAACAGCCUGGACAAGAAGGCAGAUUAGAUUUGGACAGUGCUGAAUGGGAUGACAUUCACGUGGUCACUGGAGCCUUGAAACUUUUUCUCCGGGAGCUGCCCCAGCCUCUGGUGCCUCCACUGCUGCUGCCCCAUUUUCGAGAUGCCCUUGCAUUUUCUGAGUCAGAGCAGUGCCUCUCUCAAAUACAAAAAUUAAUAGACUCGUUGCCGAAGCCCAACCGUGACACUCUUCAGUACCUCCUGGAACAUUUAUGCAGGGUGAUAGCACACUCAGAUAAGAAUCGCAUGACUGCCCACAACCUGGGAAUUGUGUUUGGACCAACCUUGUUUCGACCGGAGCAGGAGACAUCUGACAUGACAGCCCAUGCAUUCUACCCUGGACAGCUGAUCCAGCUGAUGCUCACCAACUUCACCAGCCUCUUCACCUGACUCAGGCAAGAGGACACCAUUUCCAA